AUGUCCGUUCUAUCAACCCACAUCAACACAUUCAUAACAACCCUAACAACCAACUUCAUCCAAGAACUACACAAAACAAGUUCAUUCACACUCAUUCAUAAAAUUGGUGCUUUCGAACGCACACUCAAUCAACGCUUCCACAUCCCACGUGCGGCACGCAACGCUACACAACACUUGCGUCCAAAAUAUGAGCUCCAUCUUGACAUACCGCAGAACUAUGGCUCAUAUAUGGUGCGUGCCGAUCAUCGAAAUGCUAUAAGCGGGCUGCCUGCCGUGCGGUUCAAACCUAGCUUUUUUUACGGGCUCUACCGGUUGUACGGAUGGUUGACGAGCAAUUGGGACAAUGACAGGAAGAUUGAUUGGAUGGAGCAGGUUGUCAUUCCUAGGUAUUUUGAGGGUAGAAGUGUUGAAGAUAUAAGGAACUAUGAGAGCGGAGAUGUUGUUAAUGACAGAGUCGAAAUGAGGUUUGAGGUACAGAAGAAUGGCAAGCACUAUUAUGGGCGCUGUAUGGCAGAUUUGAAAAAUGAGGAGAUUAGGGAUUAUGAGGAAAAUGAGAUUGCUUAGGAUGUAUCGGUAAGGUGAAAGAGAAAGCGGCUGGGAAGUAAAAGAAAACGAAAUCGUUAGGAAAGGAUGAGCACAAAAUGAAACAAUGCGGUAUGCCGGUGAAUUGAUUAUUAACGGUUAAGAAGAAGGUAAUGGCAUAACGCGUAUGAAUACGGUAGACGUGCACUGUCCAUCGUGUUCAUAUGAUUAAACCUGUGAUUUCGUACAUCG